UAAAAAGGAGAUAAAAUAAAAAGAUGUCAGUCGCGGAGUUCUCUUCGAUCUCGCUUUUCUCAGAGUUUUCUUCUUCGUCUCAGAUGAGGAAUUUCUCCACCAAUCUCGUGAGCGACGCCGCGGAGAAGGGCAGCGGCUGGAUUGCGCAGAGGAAAUGGGAUGCAUUGGUCGUGGGAGGUGGUCACAACGGGCUCACGGCGGCGGCCUAUCUCGCGAGAGCUGGACUGGCGGUGGCGGUGCUGGAGCGGAGGCAUGUCCUUGGCGGCGCUGCUGUCACUGAGGAGAUUGUUCCCGGAUUUAAGUUUUCUCGCUGUAGCUACCUCCAAAGCUUGCUUCGUCCAUCUGUGAUCAAGGAGCUGGAGCUUCACAAGCAUGGCAUGAAGCUUCUGCCAAGGAACCCUUCGUCGUUUACACCCAGUUUGGAUGGGAGUUAUCUGCUCAUGGGACCGGAUGCUGGUUUGAAUCACAGCGAGAUCUCUAAGUUUUCAAAGAAGGACGCUGAUGCAUAUCCAAGGUAUGAGCAACAGCUCGAGAAGUUCAGUUCCUUCAUUGCGCCUCUCGUGGAUACGGUUCCACCCGAGGUGUCGAGCAAAGCAUCCUUGACAAGCCAUGUCUCUCGGCUUAAAGUUCUUGCUGGCAUUGUCAACCGGAGCUUUGGAAUGAGCCAAGCAGACAUGGUUGCUUUCAUGGAACUCCUGCUCGCUCCAGCCUCUAGAGUUCUCGACAACUGGUUCGAGUCAGAUCUGCUCAAAGCAACGCUUGCUACAGAUGCCAUCAUCGGUACCAUGGGAAGUGUUGACACCCCUGGAAGCGGCUACGUUCUUCUUCACCACGUAAUGGGAGAAACCGAGGGAGCUCGUGGAAUCUGGUCAUAUGUUCAAGGUGGGAUGGGAUCUAUCUCGAUGGCCAUAGCAGCAGCAGCAAAAGAAGCAGGAGCAACUCUGGUGACCAAUGCCAAGGUUGACAAGUUUAUUGUGGAGGCAAGCAGCGGUGAUAGCGCAUCUGUGACAGGAGUGACUCUGGAAGAUGGCACACACAUUGAAGCCAAACGAGUUCUCUCAAAUGCAACAGCGGCGACAACGUUCUUGAAAAUGGUUCCGAGUGGUGUACUUCGUGAGGACUUCCUCAACGAGAUCAGUAAGAUUGACUACCAAUCGGGGACAACGAAGCUGAAUCUGGCUGUGAGUGAGUUACCACGCUUUCGAGCAUGCAGCGGCAAAGGCCAAGAAGAUCCUGGGCCGGAACACCGUGGAACGAUACAUCUUGGAGCUGACAACAUGCAGGACCUUCUAGCAGCACAUAAGGACGCCUGUAAUGGUUACUCAUCAACCAGACCAGUAAUUGAGAUGACCAUACCAUCUGCGUUAGAUGGAACCAUAUCCCCACCUGGAAAGCAUGUCAUCAACAUGUUCGUGCAAUACACGCCUUAUCAUCUCAAGGACGAAGGCUGGGAAGACCCCAAAACCAGAGAAAGCUUCGCAAACCGAUGCUUCGAUCUGGUUGAGGAGUACGCACCUGGAUUUAAAUCCUCUAUCAUUGACUUUGAGAUGCUGGCUCCACCCGACUUGGAACGCAUUUUUGGAUUGACAGGAGGGAACGUCUUUCACGGUGCCAUGAGCUUGGACUCGCUCUUUCUUCUACGACCUGUUAAAGGCUGGUCUGGAUACAAAACUCCUCUCGACGGUCUUUACCUCUGCGGCUCUGGUGCCCAUCCUGGUGGAGGUGUCAUGGCCGCGGCUGGACGCAACGCUGCAAGAGUUGUGUUAGAAGAACUUGGGAAGAAACUUACCUGAGCAAGCCUGUUGAUUUUGAUUUCGAGAGCUAACAAAGAAUGCUACUUCGACUUGGCAAUUGGCCUCGUUGACGAGAUGAAUUUACAUUCAAAAAGCAUGGUACUCAGAAGGUUGAGAACC